UGCGCUCUCGGCGGGGUAUGGACGUCUUUUUCACUUUCGGUGUUUUCGCCGGAUGUAUACUUUAUUCUCUUGCCAUUGAUGACAGCCGUUACCCAUCUGAAGAUGAUUGGGGGAUGCCGUGGUCGAUGAUGUCGAUGAAAACUAUGAUGAACGGCCAUUCGAUACAGCGGAACGAAGGACGUGGGAGAAGGAGGGAAAGCAAAGUGUCUCCAGGGUUCGGCGAUCCACCUGAUAUUUUGGAUGGAAUAGGCAAACAAAAUUGGGAUCCGGCAGGCGGCUAUCCAGCGGAUGAAGAAGGGAGGCACAUCUCGUCCGACACUCUCAAAACCAUUUCAGAAACACUAGGUGCCAUCAACACCGUUGGACGAUAUCUUGUCAACUACACAAGAAGCGAACCUACCGUAGCCCCAUUACCGGAAAGGGGUACGGAAGACCUUCCCGGAGCUAUUUAUACAAUAUCAAAGAAUGUUUUUGGGCGAAAUGUAACGGAUUCUAUAGCCCCUCUAGUCAGGGUGCUGCCGCUUGGUAAGGUGACGAACAGUGGUGCAAACAAUAGUGGCACCUCCUGCACUACACCAGCGGGAAGGCAAGGCGUGUGUGAGGAUCUGAGCAAUUGUCCUCAAUUGCUGCUUGAUCUCGUCAACUUAAGACAAAGCAUCUGUUUCAAAGCUCUUUUUGUCCCUGGCGUCUGUUGUCCGACUUCGUCAGUGAAUAUUGCUACUACAAAACAGCCGUUGAUAAUAUCCACUACGAAAUAUCCCCCAGUUCCGGUCAAUCCUGUUACACAUAAACCGACGUAUCAACAUCUGAAACCCAGUUCCACUUAUUUGAACGAAGAAUGUGGUGUACCUGACAUUCCGAAAUUUCGUGUGGUCGGAGGGGACGAAUCUCUUCCCGGACGGUGGCCGUGGAUGUCGGCAAUUUUUCUCCACGGACCGAGAAGAACCGAAUUUUGGUGUGGAGGAAGUCUCAUAUCCGACAGGCAUGUUCUCACAGCAGCUCACUGUACUAAGGACACGAGGCAGAGGCCGUUCAGCGCUAGACAGUUUACGGUACGACUCGGUGAUAUAGACUUAAGGAGGGAUGAUGAACCAUCUUCGCCUCAAACAUUUCACGUUAGAGAAGUUAGAGCCCAUCCAAAGUUUUCAAGGGUCGGGUUUUAUAAUGAUAUUGCAGUACUAGUACUUGACAAACCAGUGAGGCGGUCUAGAUAUGUGAAACCCUUAUGCUUACCACCAGCCGGCUUGGCGAAUGAACAAUAUGUUGGUAGGAGUCCGACUGUCGUGGGAUGGGGUACAACAUACUAUGGUGGGAAGGAAAGUACAGUACAGAGGCAAGUGAAUCUCCCUGUUUGGAGGAACGAAGAAUGUGAUAAAACAUAUUUUCAACCUAUAAAUGAAAAUUUCAUAUGCGCUGGUUUAAAAGAAGGUGGAAAAGAUGCUUGUCAGGGAGACUCAGGUGGACCACUGAUGCUAAGAGAACAAGGAAAAUGGAUGCAAAUAGGUAUAGUUUCGUUUGGAAACAAAUGUGGUGAACCUGGUUAUCCAGGUGUGUAUACAAGAGUGUCAAAAUACAUUGACUGGAUAAAUAAAAAUAUGGUUUGAAUACAUUAAUGAUAAAUUUUACUUAAGAAAAUAAUAGUUUGAACACACAACUAGAGAUUUACAAAUGAAUGGUUAAUGAACUAGAAUGAAUAGUUGAUAAAAUGUAUUCUUUCUCAAGAAUAAUGAGGAAAUAUUAUAUUCGAUGUAUUUAUAUAGAUAAAAGAAAAUUCAGCAAGCCAAAUACAACUUGAUACAUUUUUGUUUCCUCCAGAGUGCCAAACAAUAAUAUUGGGGAACGUUUUCAAUCAAGAACAAUUUAGAUUAAGAAAUAAUACAUUUUGUUUGUAUUUGCUGGAAGAAAGUUAAUAAAUUAUUUCGCUAUGAAAAAAUAUUAAAAUUUUUAUUUGUGAUUGUACAAUAUGCUGGUUCAAUGACUAGGUUCAUAUGAUGGAACUAACCGCCUGUUUUAAAUUAAAAUAAAACCAGUAAUAUAAAAAUUAAACGGACCCAACAUCAACAAAAUGUAUUACAAAUUGUAAAUGUAUUUGUAAGUUUAUUCCAUGGUGCUGACGUUAGAUAAAUUAAAAUAAUAAGAGUUCCUAAAUAAAAUGUCAUUAAGUUUGAACGUCAUUAUUAUUUUUAAUGCUUAUCAUUUUCUAAUUGUGGCACAUUCAUUUAACUAAACUUAGAAUACCAGUGCCAGAAAGGUAUUGAUAAAAUGCUAAGUUGAUUGAUUAAAAUCAAAUUAUUUGUAAAAUGUCAUCUACUCAUGGCCUUUCAUUCCAUACUUUGCUUAAAGAGUUUUGUAACAAUCCUUACUUCUUUAUUCCUUUUUAUAAACAAUACUAAAAACAAACUUAAAAAAAAUUAUAUUGUAAAAUUCUGUUUUUAAUGUAACAAAUAAAUCACAUGUUGUUGAACACUCUUGUUCAAUCGUUGGCCAUUUACUUAUUUUAUGUUUAUUUGUUAAGGGCAAUAAAUUUAUAAAUUUUGUCAUUACUCUUCUUCCUCUGGAUUCUUAUUCUAGCUCUAUUUUGCAUCAAGAUUUUAUUUAUUAAUUUUUUGUUCCAAUCAACUGUCACAUUAUUUUUAAGCCUAGACUUUGUCCAGUUUUAUUUAUAAUUCUAGAAUUAUUUAUGACUAUUUUGAUUAUAUAUUUAUUAUUUAUAAACAAUUAAAGUAACAUUAACUGAUAGCUUUUGUGUUUUAAAUUAAAAUAUCUCAUUUUUGUAGAAUACUUCUGUAUUGCAUGAGGUUAGUUAUGACAAUUUUUUUAUACAUAUUAUAACUUGUUAUCAAUGUAUAAUUUAAUUUUUAUGGUUGUAAUUCAUCAUGUACAUCACGCCUUAGAGUAUUAACAAAUUGAGUUUGUUCUUUGGUUAUAGUGAAAAUUUUGGUGACAACAAGCUUUAAUCAAAUAAAAUCCAUGACACCUGUAUUUGUCUGAGAAAAAGCCCUGAUUUAUAAAAAGAUAUAUUAAUAGUUAGUUGACUUGUUCGCAUUAACCAAAAUCAUAAAACUAUACAAAAGAAUAAAUAAUAUUCAUUUAUGGAGAAAAAGAAAUAUUAUUUAAAAAAGUAUAAACUUCUGCUAAAUGCAAAAUGAAAUAUUAUACAAACUUGUAAAUAUUGUGUCUAUAUUUGUAAAGUGAUGAAGAUAGCGAAGGUCAAUAGUCAAAUUGAGCUUUACAAAAGUGUGAUAAAUAAAUGUUUUACCAUUUGCUUUUAUUA